AUCUUCCUCUAUUUAAACAUCUCAAUUUCUCACCCUGUCCUUCAUCACUUCUUCACUCUUUCUUCUCUUCUUCCUUGUCUCACAAAGUUUCACCUUUAUUUUAUUUCUCAAAUAUGCUAAAACUUGUUAUAAGCUUUUUGGUGGCAAUACUAGCUUUCAAGAUCCAAGGCAUAAAGAGGAUGAUUACACUCAUCACUUCACUCUAUUGAAGCUUCUCCUCGAUCUGUUUUCUCUGAUCUCAAAGUCUCAUUUUCUCACCCUCCAAAAGUCCAAAAAGAUAAUGUUGCAUAUGAGAAUGAGAAGAUUAUCAGAACUUACCAUUUUUUUCUUCCUUUUUGUUUUCAUUUCCUUUGAACUUUCCAAUGGUAAUGAAAUUAACCAUCUUUUAGCCUUCAAAUCUUUGAUAAAAGACCCAACUCAUUCCCUUUCAAAUUGGAAUGAUUCCACCUCAUUAUGCAAUUGGAAUGGAAUUACUUGCUCACCCAAAAAAACCCAUGUCCUUAAUAUCAACCUGUCUAGCAAAAACAUCUCCGGCGAGCUUUCGCCUUCGUUAUUUCGCCUUCGAAAUAUUGUUUCCAUUGAUCUUUCAGGAAAUCAACUUCAUGGAAAUAUUCCAGAAGGUGUAUUUUCAUGUAUGUCACUCAACAUUCUCAACUUAAGUAACAACAACUUAACGGGACGUGUGCCACGCACCGUGCAAUAUGGGACAGUGUUUGAGACUUUGGACUUGUCCAAUAAUAUGAUUUAUGGUGACAUUCCGGAAAAUCUUGGUUUGUUGAACAAUGUAAGGUAUCUUGAUCUUGGCGGGAAUGCCCUUGUGGGGGGAAUUCCGAAAUCGAUUUCGAAUUUGACGAAUUUGGAGUACUUAACAUUGGCUUCUAACCAACUUUCUGGUGGUAUCCCAAAUGAGUUGGGGAUGUUGAAGAAUUUGAAGUGGGUUUAUUUGGGUUACAACAAUUUUUCAGGAAAAAUUCCAAGUGAAAUAGGUUUGUUAAAUUCUCUUUUUCACCUUGAUCUUGUUUAUAACAAACUUAGUGGCUCAAUUCCCUUAUCUUUUGGUAAUCUUACCAAUCUUAAAUACCUUUUUCUUUACCAAAACAAGUUAAGUGGUGAAAUUCCUCCAUCUAUUUUUAAACUUGAAAGUCUAGUUUCACUAGACUUAAGUGACAAUUUUCUCACAGGAGAAAUCCCUGAAGAAAUUUCUCAUCUUAAAAACUUGCAAGUUCUUCAUCUUUUCACCAAUAAUUUGACAGGAAAAAUCCCAAAUUCUAUUUCUUCAUUGCCUCAACUUCAAGUUCUUCAACUAUGGUCUAAUAAAUUUUAUGGUCACAUUCCUCAUGACCUUGGCAAAAACAACAAUCUCACAAUUCUAGACCUUUCUACCAAUUCCCUUUCUGGUAGAAUCCCUGAUUCCCUUUGCAACUCUGGCAAUCUUUUUAAGCUUAUCCUGUUUUCGAAUUCCCUUUCCGGGGGAAUCCCACAAAGCUUAGGAUCAUGCCAUUCUCUUAAGCGAAUUCGCCUUCAAAACAAUUCCUUUUCCGGGGGAUUACCCAAGGGAUUCACCAAGCUUGCAAAUGUUAACUUUAUUGAUAUUUCAAGCAAUGAUCUUUCAGGGAAUAUCAAUGAAGGAAAAUGGGAUAUGCCAAUGCUUCAAAUGCUGAAUUUAGCUAAGAACAAGUUUGUUGGGGAGUUACCUGAUUUAUCAAGUAGUAUUAAGCUUGAGAAUUUGGAUUUAUCUGAGAAUCUUUUUUCAGGUAAUAUUCCUCCUAGUUUUGGUAAAUUAAAAGAGUUGAUGUUGCUAAAGUUAUCUAGGAAUGAGAUAACUGGUGAGAUUCCUGAAGAGUUAGGAUCAUGCAAGAAGUUGGUAACCCUAGACCUUAGCUAUAAUGAGCUUACUGGCCCAAUUCCUCGAGGGUUGGGCCAGAUGCCGGUUUUAGGCCAGUUGGACUUAUCGGAGAACCAGCUUUCCGGUGAGAUUCCAAUGACCUUAGGCACCGCGAAUUCAUUAGUAGAGGUCAAUGUGUCGUACAACCACCUUUCCGGGGUGUUGCCCUCCACCGGAGCAUUCCUCGCUAUCAACUCGAGUGCAGUGGCGGGGAAUAGCCUUUGUGGUGGUCCUCACUCCACCACCGGAGGCUUACCACUAUGCCAAGAUGAUCAGAAGGGCCCCACCAUGGCAGUAUGGUGGGGCCUAGCCAUAACCCUUGGUGUAAUCAUGUUCAUUGUGAUUGUCAUAUUUUGUGUGUUUAUCAUCAUUAAGAAAAGGAAGCAAAGGUUAUUGUUGCAAGUCCAAAGGAUGGAAAUAAAUGAUAGAUUAUGGGAAAUUCAAUUCUUUGAUCCUAAGGCAUCUAAGCUAAUAUCCAUCCAAGACAUCAUUAACAAGACAAAUGAUAACAAUAAUAACAUGCAAUAUUUAGUGGAAGAGUUUAGUGUUAACAACUAUAUGAUCUCAAGUAGUAACUUGUGGGAAGAGAUUCUACAUAUUGGUAAAAAUAGGCAUCCAAAUGUUGUGAAGCUUCUUGGAGUUUGCAAGUCUGAAAAAGGAGGGUUUUUGAUAUAUGAGGAAGUGGAAGGGAAAUGUUUGAGUGAAGUUGUACAUGGUUUAAGUUGGGAACGUCGUAGGAAGAUUGCUUUAGGGAUUGCUAGGGCUCUCAACUUCAUCCAUUAUCAUUGCUCGCCGAGUGUCUUUGCUGGUGAAAUGUCGCCGGAGCGAGUCAUCAUCGACCAAAAAGACGGCGAACCUCGCCUGAGCUUAGGUGUUGGUGGCUUGUUUCGUUCAUGUUCCAAGAGUAUUUUGUCUUCUGCCUAUGUUGCUCCAGAAACAAAAGAAGAUAAGGAAAUCACGGAUAAGAAUGACAUAUAUGGAUUUGGUCUAAUUCUUGUUGAACUCUUGACUGGAAAGGGGCCCACCGAUGCCGAGAUGGGGGCCCACGAUGGUAUAAUUGGGUGGGCCCGGUACUGCUACUCCGACUGUCAUCUCGACACGUGGAUCGAUCCUGAGAUUCAAGAGCAAAAGUUGAAUAAUCCUAAUGAGAUUGUAGAGACUAUGAACUUGGCCCUUCAAUGCACUGCUAGAGACCCAAUGGCAAGACCUUGUUCAAGUGAUGUAGUUAAAACCCUAGAGUCUAUUAUGAAGACUAGAAGGUGUAUUUUAGGGUUGGAGAUCUCAAAGUAAUUAGUUUGGAGAUUUAUCCCCCUUUUAGGUUAAAUUUUUGCCCCAUCAACUCAAGGUUUUUGUUGAGCUCGCUUUUAUUUCAUCUUCUAAGCUUGUUUUGCCUAGAUAAGGGCUUAGUUAGUUUAGGGUUUUGCUGAAUAUAUUUUGUGUGAUGUCAUAUAUGGUGACUAAUUAGUAAUUAUUGAGUGUAGAAUAGGUAGAUGAUUGAAUUGUAUUUAUCACACAAUUAAUGCAUGUAUCCCAUUCCUUAACUAGGUGUGUUCCCACACAAACUACUGGCGCAAGAAAGGCAAUUACCAUCGUGCAUUGCUUGAAA